AUGGGAUUCGAACCCACGCGUGCAGAGCACAAUGGAUUAGCAGUCCAUCGCCUUAACCACUCGGCCACCUCGUCGCUCUACGUUUAUUUCUUCCUCAGCCUUACGAGGCUAUUAAACAGGAACGGAGCAACCCUGCGCGGGUCGGGCGCUGCUGCUCCAGCCUCACUGCUGUUGCUGCGGGGCGCCCUGGAUAGGAGGAGUAUUGAGAUGUCAGGAAACGCGCUGACUAGAGCAGGCCGCCAUAUUGUACGGCGCGGCUCGGGGCCCGCCAUGCUGUACGGCAGCUGCUGUACAGAGCCGCGCUUCCGGCGUCACGACGGCAGUUUGGCGCCAAGCGCAGCAAAAGGACAUCCUUCAGACAUGGAGAAGAUUUGCACAGACCCUCAUGUGGAAAAUGAUAACACGGAGCACAUCAGAAGGAAGCGACUGUCCUCUAUUUUAAAGGCUCCACGAAAUCCUCUUGAUGACCUGGGAAAUGGGAAUGAAUUGAUACAGGGUGUCAGCACAGAAAAACGCAGGAGGACCUUGCGCCGAGUUAGCUUCGCUGACACCAUCAACUGCAGAAUCUUUGAGCGAGAUCUUAAGAAUAACACAGAAGGCGGCACAGAGGGUGCAGCAGAUGCAGAGAAUGAUGUCCUGCCUCAUCAAAAUGAAGAACCUGAAGCUGCUUCAUGUGAGAUCACUGGGAUGAACACUUUGCUUCAUGCCCCAAUCCAGGCACUGGUGCAGCAGACUGAGGAUCAGGAUGGGGACAGCAGCAUUCACAGAGCAAAUAGGCAGGACACCACCCUCCUCCUUUCAGAGGACAACGAGAUGGACAUGACAGCAUGUCACACAGCAGUGAUUGCCCAGGACCUGGGAAGCAGCAAGGCUGAGCAGCCCAAGAUGGACAUCACCUCACUGCUGGCUGUGGGGGACCGCAAGGAGGGAAAGGCAGAAACCCACACACAAGUUCGCUUCUUCUCUGACCUUCCCAACCUAUCCUGUCCAUCUGGUGGCCAGCAGGAAGAUGCUACUGCUGUAAAAAAAAUUAAUUUCAAGGAAUUUUUCAUGAGCUUUAAGUCAAAGAAGACACUCAGUUCUGCUGAGGGCCCUCAGUACACCUUUUUCCCCCCUCUUCAAGCCUCAGAAGAUGCGGCACAAUCCUCAAGGGAAUUUCUGUGUUCCCAUGCGCAGCUGGACAGCUGUGAUGUGACCAGGGUCUUUAGAGAGCAAGAUGAUGGGAUGGAGGUGACAAAAUGCCAGGCCUCUGCUGUUAGAGCUGCAUUCCCUGCUCUGGAUGAAGCUCCAGUGCAGCAGUUCCCCUGUGCAGACGUCACCAAGGUGUUCACAGACGAUGGGAUGGACAUGACAAGCAGCCACACUACAAAAGUGUCUUUUCCCUUCACUGUUGGGAAUCAAAAUCUGAACUUCUCAAAGGAUUCACCACCCCCAGAGGCAGGCAUUUCUAUGUUCAAGAGAGCAUCCAAUCAGCACUUAACUGUUCAGCAUGAGCAGCUCUGUGCAGACAAAAAACGAGCAAAUGUUGAAGACAGGCAAGAUCCUGCAGCACUGCAAGCUGCUAGACAAGAGGCCCAAGGAUUGACUGCCAUCCCAGGAUCCAUUUCCUCUGAGACUGUCUUUCGAGGUGGGCCUCCUUCUAGGUGUGAAGACAUGGAGAUUACUGGGGAUUACACAGGUGUGAUCUCUGCUGUCAUGAACAGCUCACGUCACCAGACCUCUGAACAGCCAGUGAACACAAACUCCUGGCUGGCAGAGAGCAGACGCCCAGCAUGUGGUGACAGAGCUGUCACAAGGAGUCUAACAGCUUCAGACAGCCCAGCUCCUGAGCUGUCUUCAGGCUCAGAUGGACGACUCGAGAGGGUGACCCAAGGUCACAGCACUGCUCCAGUGAAUGUUUGGUUUGACUCCCAUAGAAGUUCAGUGUCUGCUGGUGUUUCUCAGAGCAGGCUGCAGCCCAGACUGAGCUCUUGCCUUGUCUCUCUGCCCACUGAGAAGACAGUGAUACUCUCUGAAGAUAUGGACUUGACUAAAACCUCUGUUGUCAGGGGUGACAGAAAGGAUGCUGAAAAUGAAUCUCUUGCUGGAGUGUUCACUUCUGUCACCUGCAAACCUCAGUUUAUUGCUGAUGGAGCUACAUCUCCCAGUUUAAAUGAGCAGGAAGAAAUGGAAAUGACUAAAUGCCACAUUGUUGUCAUUGAUGAUCAGUGUAACAGGGUAACUACAGAAGGAAAAGAAAUGCAUUGUGAAAUAAUUCCAAGAAAGAACCAGAACAAAACUGUCAGUGAAUGUGCAAAUCCUUUGGAUGUAGACAAGGAGAAUGUUGAGCUGCUCGGUGUUGAUGGGAACAUCAGAAGCCAGGCUAUGGAAAUCAGUAGAAAAGGUCUUGAUGUGAUAAAGGCUGAUAAGUUUGGGAGAACAAACUUCCAGGCAAGUGGUCCAAGUUCCUCUGCAAAGAGUGUGUGUUCAUUGCAAGAGCAAAAGAGAGAAGCCCCUGAGAAUGCUGUUGCCAGCACCUUUGGGUCUGUGUCCUUGCAAAGUCAAAAAGUUAUGUCACAGCCUUUGGGAAAAAACCUUCUAGAGGCUUCAGUUUCUAAAGGCACCAUGAGUGGUUUCAAACCUCUGCCCUGUGCAGGUGAGAAAACCGCCACCUUUUCAGAUGCUGACAUGGACAUCACCAGGAGCCAUCCAGUUUCAGCUGACCACAGGAUGAUUUUGCAGCAUAGAAGUGCAGAUGAUGACUCACCCUUACCUUCUGAAGAUCAGACUUGUGUGUUUACCUACAGUGAUGACAUGGAAAUUACUGCACUCAGUACUGUUGCAGUUGAUAAGCCUAUGGAAAAGGCUGUGCUUCAGGGGAUGUUUAACCUGGCCAAAAGGACAAGGAGGAAAAGCUUGAAGAGACCAGCAGGGGAGGAAACAAUUUCGUUUUCACUGGAUAAUGAGAACAAUGACAUGGACAUCACCCAGAGCCACACUGCUCCAAUAGGCCAUGGGAUUCUCUCCCAAAACAAGGGAGGGCUUUGCUCUGUCUCUUCAGCUGGUGCUGUUAACACCAUCCUGCUCCCAGGCAGCCAGGCUGACAUGGUCAUCACCAAGCCUUGCUCUGGUGCUCCAAGCACCAGCAAUGUUGUCUGUGCUGACAAACCCAGUCUGGCUCAGAAGGCUGGCCAGCAGGCACGUCCCAGCAGUGAAGCUACUGUCUUAGCUGUGGACAACAUGGAAAUCACCAAAACCCCUAACCUAGCUGUGGAAGAAAAUGUCCUGCCAGGUGGACAACCUUUGACUUCCUCCACCAUCAUGUUUCAGAGUUUCCAGGCUGACAUGGAGAUGACCCAGUCUCACUCUCUUGGGGAAAGUACCAAGAGAGCCUUUUGUGAGGACAGAUCCCAGCUGGCCGAGCAGGAGGCUGUUCCAGGUAGCAAGACCAUCAUUUUUUCUUCAGCUGAGGACAUGGAGAUCACUAGAACUCAUACAAGUGUCCCAAGGGGUAGUGUUGGUGUCCAGGUCAGAGAAUCCAUUCUAGCCACUUCUGCGGUUCCUGCUGAUAAAACCCUUGUGUUUGCCCACAACCAGGAUGACAUGGAAAUAACCACCUCCCACACUACUGCUGUUAACAACAUUCCUGCAUCUGAGAACCACCCAGUGUCACAUCAAAGCACCCAGCAGCCAGACUUGCAUCAUGAGGUAUUGUCGUCUUGCACAGGUAAAAGAGAUUCCUCAUAUAAAGACCCAGAUGGGGAAUAUCACCCAAGCUCCAAGGACAAGCCCAACGUUCCUUCUGCUUCAUCAGCCUCAGCAUUUCCUAGUGAGAAAGGAGCUGUCCAGUUUCCCAGUGGCACAACACGAGAUUCUGGUUGUUCUGCCUCACUUGCAGAAGAGACUAUGGUUGUGCAGGCACCCCAGGAUCCUCACCCUCCUGUGGAUAAUCCUGUCCCUGUAAGCUCACAGCAGGAUCUCCUAUCCCCAGAAAGCCUGAAAUCAAAGGGAUUGUCUUUCAGACUUCCAGGUAAUAAGCCUGUGGAUCACAGUGAAGAAAGUGAUGAUUUGGUAUCUCACAUUGCACCUCCCAUUCAGCAACCAGAGUCUCUGAUGGCUUCUCCAGAUGCAUGUAGCACUCAGGGAGACCAAGUGCUGAAAGGUUAUUCAUCUCAACAUGAGAAUUUAGCUACAGAUUUAGGCAUGGCUGGAGUUCCAGCUUCUAACAAGGAAUCACAGGAAAAUGAGGGUCUGUCAGCUGAAGGGGAGGCACCUCCAAAAGAUAUUUGCAUCGACUCAGAGCAAAGUAAGCAAUUUCUGGUCAGUGACAGCUCUAGAGAUCCAACAGAUCCUACCCUUGCACCUGAAUUAUCAGGCAUCUUAAAUGUUUGUUCAAAACUGGAAAACAUUAGAAGGAAAUCUACAGUUCUCUCAAUUUCUGAAACUGCUCUUGCUGACCAGUUGCCUAAACUAUCAGUCCAGCCAGAGGAUACCUUGAGGAUAGGAAAAAAUCUGGUGAAGGAACCAAAUCAUUUGUAUUGCAUCAAAGAGCAGGAGAACAGGUGUCAUGAGUCUGGAGCUGCUUCUAGGGAUGCAAAUGUAGGCAUGGCACUCAAGGAUCAGUAUCAGGAAGUAAAGGUCUCUCUUGGCAUCUUCCAGCCUAAAUUACCCAACAGAAGAACUUCUGUCUCUAGUGUGCAGGACAUAAAUGCAAAGUCUUCUGCAGACAAAGGAGAAGCACCAGCUUCAGACACAUGUGUGCACAGUGGUGAAACCCCAGGUCCCAGCAAGCCUGGCAGGCAGAACUUCAGCCCUUCCCGGUUCAUAGCAGAAGCAUUUCUUCCUGUCUACCUGGAAGAGAUGGAUCCAUCUGAGUCUGUAAGCUGUGAACUCAUGGAAAGUGCCUGCAGUGAGAGAAGCAAAAAACAAGUCCCCCACAGUGAAAAGAAUCCACUUGAAAAGACAAAAGCUUGCAAUAAAACAAAAAGAGCUUCGGAACAGGAUGAGGAAGACCUUCAAAGCCCAAAGAAGGUCAAGAGUGAUGAAAAACUGCAUGCUGAGGUCUCCCCAGACUUGCAGGUUGCUUUUGGUGCUGUGUCUCAAAGCCAAGCAGAAGUUCAUGAAGGUGAAGAUCCUCCAACCCUAUCAGCUCAAAGCCUUGACUGUACUCAUGCCAGCACCAGCAGCUCGCUGGAUUCUGUCAAGGCUGAUACAGAAUUAACAGUUCAGCGAAGCAGCCAGGUGGAGUCUCAGCUUCUCAUCUGUGAAGAUAACUUGAGAGAGAAAUUCCAGAGUGGUCUCAUCACAGUUGGGGAGUUUCUGACACUUCUUCAGGUCUAUAUUCCAAUUCAGAAGCCCCGGCACAGCCACGUUCCAUCCAGUAGUGCAGUCAGUGCACCACCCACACCAGAAGACCUCCUUUACUGCCAGUAUGUUCUUCGCCCCAGGGUGCGUGUUUACGAGGAGGAUUGCCAAGCCCUUGCUCGCAAGAUAGAGGAAUUAAAACUGCAUGUAAGUGUUCAGGAUCAGCUCCUGGUGAACUUCAACAGGACUCUGUGGGAAGUCAUGAGAACCUGCUCUGAUGAAGAGCUGAAGAAGUUUGGUGCAGAACUGAACCAAAUGAAGUCCUGUUUCACCAAGGAGAGUAAAAUCCUGGCUCACAAAGAGAAAGCAGAACUGUACAGCAAGCUGCUGCAGAGUGUGCAGGAACAACAGGGAAAGCUACAGUCCAGAGCAGAGAAGCUGGAUGAAUUGCUCAAGGAGGCAAAGAGCUGCCUUGGUGUGCCAGGAGCAAAUUCUGCCUGGGAAGAAUGGGAAGCAGAGUGCAGUGAUGAAAUGCCUGGCGUGAGGUGCCUGGAGAAAGAACUAGAAAGCAUCAAAUCCCAAGAGGAGGAACUUCAAAGAGAACUCUCAGAUGUGGAGGCUGAGAACGAGCAAAUGCUUGUGAGGAUGAACCAGCUGAAAGAGGAAGAAAAGUAUUACCAGGAACUCCUGGAGAAUUCUGAAUCCACUGAGUGGGACCUGAUUGAAUGGAAUGAACAACGGGGAGUCUUCAGCUUUCUUUAUGACUCUAUUGAACUCACAGUGGUAUUUGAACCCCCAGGAGAUGGAGAUGAAUUUGGUGAAGAUCCUUCCCGGAAGAUCAUUAGCCUGGGCUGUGAAUCUCUCUUGAAUGAAGAAGCAGCUCCUGCCUCCUCACGUUUAGUCCACAGGCUCAUCAUCCAGUUUAUUGCAAGUCAGGGAUGCUGGCAAGAAAAGUGUCCCACACUGUACCACCUGCCCCAGGUUCUUCGUGACAUCUCUUUGGUGGUGAGCAACUGCAGGAUCUUGGGAGAUGAGGUUGAGUUUCUGGAGAGAUGGGGUGGAAAAUUUAAACUUCUGAAGACAGAUAUCAGUGACACAAACCUGAAGCUGGUGUUCUCCUCAGCUGCAGCUUUUGCUAAGUUCCAACUGACCCUGUCCCUGUCUGCCAGCUACCCUAAUGCUCCUCUGCCUUUCACAGUCCAAAAACUCAUUGGCAAUGUUGGGGAGGAGGAGGUUUCUGCUGUCCUCUCUAAUGUACCAAUUGGUCUCAACUACCUGCGGAGAAUAGUCAGCUCUGUUCACCAGGACUUGCUCUGGCGCCCCAGAUGAGGCAGCAGACCCC